AUGCGAGGGGCACCAAAAUUAGGGCUUAAGCCUUAUGGAGCUAUCGGAGCCUUGUUGACCACCCAGAACCAAGAAAAUCUAGACAUUGAUCGCCGCGUUCCAGUUUCGGUCCGCAAGGAGGAGCCAUCAUGCUCUCCAAGAGAGAUGCAGGUGCAGGACGGCAAAGGCUGGGCAUCUGCGGCACCGUUUGGGGUCGCAGAUGGCCAGAAACCGUGCCGCAGUCCCCAUCUCUCUACGUUCUCGGAUUCGAAUAGAAUAAAACACGCCCAAUAUUUGCUUUAUAGGACCGAAUUAAUUGUUCCCGAAUUGUCCUCAACUUCCAUCUAA